UUAGCAGGAUGCCGGACUAGGACGUUUGGCUUCCACUUCCGGUUCCGUCCUUCUCUCUCUGGGAGCACGACGGGGCGUGGCCCCGCGGCGGACGGCGCGCUGUGGGCGGGACUUCCGGUCUGGCAUUUUCCCAGACCAGGAAGUCCGCAGGCCUCGGAGGCGGGAAGGUUUGAACGGCUAUUGGCCGGCGUUUACUUUAUGGAAGCCGGGUUGGCGCGGCGGCUGCUCUCUUGCUACUCGUACUUGACGAACUUCACGGUCGAGACACGCUCUGUGCCCUCAUCCUUCUACAGUUGCGAUUGUUUUCUUUCGUCCAGAGACGUUUGUUGGUCUUCUGUCAGUUUCCAGAACCGGCCGCGGGGAGUCGUGGGCAUGCGCAGAAGCUGCGACUUUGAGCCUUUUGCAAUUUAAAAUCCGAGCUGCUGUUGCCGAACCUCCUUUCCACCGCUCGUAUUUACUUUGGAAAGACAUUUUAUUCAAAGUCAAUAGAAAUGGCGGCUGAAGUGCGAAUGGUACUUUAUGAAGAUGAUUCUGUGCAGGUUCAAUAUGUUGAUGGUUCCAGAUUGCAGCUUUCUCCAUGUGGUUCUGAAUUUUUGUUUGAAAAGGCGCCUCUUGCUUCAGCACAUCCUUUAGAACAACCUGGAAGAAUUCAUCAAAGGACACAUUUUGUUAUUAGCACUUACAGAGAACAACUACAACGAGCCCUUGAGUUUAGAAACUCUUAUGCUACUUUUCCUUUUUUAUCUGAAAGCAUCAUCCCUUCUGAAAGAAAAAAGUGUAUAUUCAUUGACAUCACAGAAGUGAGAUGGCCCGGACUUAAUAUUGAUGAUGGCUUGAUAUCUAUGCAGAGUGGCACCGUGAUGAUCUCAUCUUUAGAUGGGCAUGCAUAUCUUUGCCUGUCAAAGUCUCAGCAUGAAUUUACAGUGCAUUUUUUAUGCAAAGUGAGCCAGAAGCCAGAAUCAUCUAGAGUACUAUCAGAAAAAAAUAAUCAAGCCCAAAAGGAUAGACUAGUGGAACAGACAGGCAGAGUCUGUACAUAUGGGAAUUUAUCAAGACGGAAACUGAAGAAUAAAGAAAAUGAACUGUGUUGUCAGACCAUGAAGUCCACAGACCCUCUCGAGAACUGUGUAGAUGCAGCUGAGUGGAGGGAGAAGCUGCCUUCUCCGGCUGUGAAACGCACGUGUCUAUACACGUGGGUAAAGCAGUGCUGGUCCGUUGCUGCCUGCCCGGAGGAAUGGAAGUACCCCUUGUCUUUAGCCCUUCGUUUUCGUAGCAAGAACAGCAGACAGUCUGAAACGGAUGCAGAUGUCACCCAGAGUAGCGUUUUAACUUCUGGUGUUUCAGAGGAAAAAGGAAAAGAGAUUUCUGUCCUCCCAAGGGCCCUAUUACUUAGCUGUCCUGUCCCACACCUGCACAGGUGGAAUUUCUGUGAUUCACUUUUACAGGAAGAGUCAGAUGAGGAAUAUUCCUAUCCUGAACUAGUGAAAGUGGUUUGGUAUAAGGGUGUUACAUAUAGACUUACUCAUAAAAAUGUGAAUUCUAUAGAAAUUUAUCCUGGAGAUGGGUCUGUUUUCAAAUCAGAAGGAGCUUAUUUGGGGAACUUUUUUACAUAUUACUAUAGUCAAGAAGGAUCAGAAGAGAAAGAAGAGAAAAUGUAUUCAGUAAAUAAUCUUCCUCCAGAUAGACCAGGAAGUCUGUUCUCUGUGAAUUCUGUCAUCAAACAGGCAACUAGAAUUCUUCAACAUUGUGCCAAGAUGAGGCUUUCUUUAAGCCAUAAUUAUCGCAUAUGCUGCUGGAAAAUGGCACCUGGGAUAAGUGACAGCAUUGUACUGCCUUCGCUUUUGAGAGAGUCACUCAUACCUAGUGUGGGAAGAAUUCUUGCAUACUCUGAUGACAAAGUACAUGCUAUGUUUUUAGAUGGCACUACUCUAACCCUAAAUUGGAACUUUGGCUCUCUUACUGAAAAAAAACAGGUAAAUCAAGGUCUCAGUUUAGGUUGGUGUAAGUUAACUUUUCCUGAUGGACAUGAUCAGUUAAUUCAGAUUGAACACCCUGGGCCACAUGAAAGAUAUGUGGCAACAGUAAUAUCAUGGUGCAGAAGGCUGGCCCAGACUAGUCAGAGAGCUGUGCCCGCACAUCCUUCACCCGUUCUUGAAGAAAACUGGUCUGUAGCUUCUGAACUUGAAAAGAUAAAGAAAUUUAACUUGUUAUUGGAGAAUAGUGGUGUCCUAGACCAGAUUUCUAACAAGAAAAAUAAGCCAACUUCUCAUGAUUAUACACCAGAAUCUUCAGAAAUCUUGCUGGAAGAAAAUGAAAAGAACGUGUCAAUGGCGUUGAAAAAAACCUCUGAUAUCCUUCAGGAUAUUGACUGUCUUCUAUCAAACUCUAAAAAGUGAAAAAUGGAAUGACAAGAUAUUCUACUAAACCAUAAGGAUGUUAUUUCAAGGACAGCUAUAAAAGUAGUAAGCCAGGAAAAUGUAUAUAUUUCUCUACAACAAUUAUUAGAGAAAUAGCAUUUAACUUUGGGCUUUUUUUAAAAAAAAAAAAUCACUGUGAGACAGUUACAAAGCUUUCAUGUCUGAGCUUCAGCCAUACAAUGAUUGAAUACCCAUCCCUCCACCAGUGCACAUUUUCCACCACCAAUGUUCCCGGUAUCCCCACCUCAUCCCAGUCCUCCUGUCUUUAUGGCAGACAGAUUCCCCAAUACUCUCUCUCUGCUCUGGGGCAUUAUAGUUUGCUCGAAUUUUCCCACCACCAUUCAAGGCUACCUGCCAGGGGCAUUUGCUAGAUAAUGUAUUUUCUAUUGCUCACUUUGAAUAUGAUGAACAGUCAUGUGGCCACUUUUGUAACCACAUGCUUCUGGAAUUCUAAGAUUGUAAAUGGUUGGGGUCCAGAGACAUCUCCGUAAGGCGCUAAUCCACUUUGGGGUUCAAUUGGGAGUCCCUGGACCAGGGCGUUAGUGUGCUGAGAUGGUGUCUGGUGGCAGAUUGUGGGCAUGACAGAUAGGAGUCUUAGUCCUGGAACCUAUUGCUUCUGGCAGGUUGUGGUUGCCGGGACUUCAUCUGGAGCGGGCAAGGAGAACACACCUGCUCCCCCUGAGGUGCCCUGGUGAAAUUGGCUCAGUAUGGGGCCCAGAGAGAUCUCGGCAAUGUGGUAUCUUCCAGGACUCCACUUUGGGGACGUUUUUACCUAAUCUGUGAUUUUUUUUCUUUUUUAAUUUUUAGGUUCCGUGAUUUACAAUAUUAAUAGCAAGUGUCAUGCAGAAACAUUGCAAACCCAUACCCUCCACCAGAGUGUCAGCUUUCCUCCACCGUGUCCCAGUGUGCCACCCCCACCCCACCCCCUCCUCUCCUACAGUGAUAUGCUUCCUACUAUAGACCAGGUCUUAGCUUCUGUUGCCUUUGAGUAUUUGUUGUUAAUAUUUUUGGUUUUGGGUCACAGGGUUUGCUCAGGAAUCAUCCUGGCUCUGCAUUCAGGAAUCAUUCCUGGCAGUGCUCAGGGGACCAUUUGGGAUGCUGGGGAUUGACCCCAAGUGGGCCCCUGCAAUGCAAGCGCCCUUCCCACUGUACUGUCUCUCUACCUCCCCUAUUUGUUGUUUCGUAAUUUACUGUUACAUACUACAUGAGGAAAUCAUUCUUUGUUUGUACCUCUCCACCUAACCUCACUCAGCAUGAUAUUCUCCAGAUUCAUCCAUGUAGUUGCAAAUUGAAUGACUUUUGUUUUUUCUUAAAGUUUAGUAGUAUUCCAUUAUGUAAUUAUACUAGUUUCUUUAUCCAGUGAUCUGUUCUUGGAUACUGGGGCUAUUUCCAGAUUUGGGCUAUUAUGCUGCAGUGAAAUACUAAUCUGUAAAUCUUGAAAUAUGUUAUUAAUAAAGGAUUGUUUUGAACUAUUUUUCAUAUGUAUGAGGAAAAAAGAUCAUAGUUGUGGCUUCUGUGAGGCAUUCACUAUUAAUCAAAAUUUUUUCCACUUUAAGUUGAAUUGUGUGCAUCUGGUCAUUUGCUAUUCAGUCUCUGAAUACUUUCUAAUAAAAGAGAAAAAGAAAUAAAGAAUUAGGCUCCCUUUUGCUCUUCUCAUUGCAAGAAGCUAUUGGUGUUGAUCUGAAGCAGGGGUGCCCUGAGGUUUAAAAAAACAAGGAUUAAGGCUGGCAUGAGAGAAAAGCAUGUGACAGGGGGCUGACAGCCUUGUGGACUGAAGGCCCAGACUGUUCUCCAGGUAUAUAGAGCUUAGAACCUGUAAUCAUCAGAAGAAUAACAACAUUCUUUGGUCAGAAACCUGUCUUAGACCUUUACAUAUCUGAGGGCCUUGGUUUACUGUAAUUAUUGUUUUUGUAAAGGGCUUUCUUAAAGGGAAAGUUCUUCCAAGGGCGGGGACAGAGAGUGAGAGCAAAUACAGGAUGGACCUGGCCAGUACUGCUGCCCACGAACAGGUCCUGGCUCCUGAACACCCAUGAUCCCAGAGGCACACAAAACAAUCUCGGAACCGAGGGGCUUUUGGCAGAAAUCUCUCCAGACUUAUUACUAAAAUAUCAGAAAUCUAAAAUGCUCUUCAUACCAGCAAUAGAAAAAAAAAAUUAAUGAUACCUUUUUGGCAGAUCUGAAUGUUGGGGAAAAUUCCAAAUAAUAAUGGUGGAUCUUUUGUCAAAAUAUUGAAUGUGAUCAAAGUGGGGAGUAAGGUGGAAAUUAUCUGCCACA